AGAAUAAUAAGGCAAGUUGGUUCGAGUUCAGGAAGAAUGAACAAUCAGUACUAUGUCGUCCUCAUUGUAUCCCUUCUAAUUCUACUUGUCAAUGUCUCAACUUCAUCUGCUCAACGACAGGUGUACAUAGUUUACCUGGGAGAGCAUCGGCAUAGCCAUAGUCAUAGCGGGAAGCAAACAUGGGAAGAAAUAGAAGAGAUGCACCACUCGUAUUUGCAGGCUGUGAAGGGGUCCAAGGAGGAAGCAAAAGCCUGCAUUAUUUACAGCUACAAGAACGUCAUCAAUGGCUUCUCGGCCUUGCUCACCCCUCAAGAAGCCGCUACAAUAUCAGAGAUGGAGGGUGUGAUUUCAGUGUUCCAUAGCCACCCCACAAAGUCAAGGCUUCACACAACCAGAUCAUGGGAUUUCAUGAGCUUGCUCGAAGCUAAUUGGGAUGCUACACGACAACCUAUUAAUCCAGGCCGAUUCUUGCGUAGAGCUGGAUAUGGCAAGAAUGUCAUUGUUGGGGUAUUGGAUAGUGGCGUGUGGCCAGAGUCUCAGAGCUUCAAUGAUGAGGGGAUGGAACCUAUUCCAUCAUCGUGGAAAGGGAUUUGCGAGAGUGGUGUGGCUUUCAAUUCUUCUCAUUGUAAUAGGAAACUGGUAGGAGCGCGCUACUAUUUGAAAAGUUACGAGGCCAAUUUCGGGCCCCUUGACCCGAAACUGGACUUCCGAUCACCGAGGGACAUCAAUGGUCACGGUACUCACACGUCAUCAACCAUAGGUGGCAGGAGAGUCCGCAAUGCCGCCGCAAUAGGGGGUUUUGGCUACGGAACCGCCACCGGGGGCGCCCCACUGGUGCGUCUAGCCAUCUACAAAGUCUGUUGGCCAAUUCCAGGACAAACACCGGUGGAAGGAAAUACAUGCCUGGAUGACGACAUGCUUGCCGCUUUUGACGACGCCAUCGCCGACGGGGUUCAAGUGAUAAGUGUUUCAAUUGGGAGGAACACUAGCACGCCCUACAUCCAGGAUGGUAUUGCCAUUGGAUCGUUGCAUGCCGUGAAGCGUAACAUUGUGGUAGCUUGUAGUGCUGGGAACUCAGGUCCUACGCCGUUUACCGUCACGAAUGUUGCUCCCUGGAUCAUCACUGUUGGAGCGAGCAGCAUAGAUCGGGUCUUUUCGUCACCUGUCCUGCUUGGAAACGGCGCCCAAGUACAGGGACAAUCAAUCACUCCAUUCAAGAAGGGGACGUAUCCCCUUGUAAAACAUAUAUGA